AUGGCGCUCAACUUGCAGUCAACGCCUCCCACUUCCCAGCCGCUACUUGUGUCGCGAAGACUCAGCAAUCAGCCUACACAUCGUCAGAUCACAGACUUUGUCAACGCAUACCGCUCCCUCUCCCUUAUCUCAACUACUACUAUCCUCCUUCCCUCGCCCAUUCCCUCGAGCGCCUUCAUACACUCCUAUCUACUGCGCCUUCUCCCAAUAACAUCUACUACUAUCAACAUCAUGACCUACGGUUCUCAGGAAGCAUCAACGUCCGCGUCGUCCUCGUCGUACACGACACUCGAACCGCUGGACAACGCAACAGGAUAUACAACUCCUGAGGACAACGAGACUGCAGAGAGCAACGAGCAACUGCUCGAGGCGGACGAGCUCUUCUUCGACUUUGCGAAGUGGGAGCACGAUUCCACGCCGGAAGCCUCCUCGUCGGGAGGGGAGUCCACCCCCAGCCUGGCGUCGACGGAGGAGUCGUCUGCUUCGUCUGGUAUCUCACCGCUGUCGGGUUCGGAAGGUUUGCCGACUCACUCGCGACCACCGAGCCCCGCUGCAUCCUCCGCUCCUUCCACCUCCGCUUCCCCGGUGCGCUCCAAGCGCAAGCGGGAGGCCUCUGACGAGGGCCCGUCUACAUCCGUUCGUCAACAAGCGCAGCGGGCACCGCGCAUCACACCACAAGCCGCGCCGACACCCCAUGAGCGGCGGGUGUACACCUGCGGCAGGCUGAAGCACAUGGACGAACACCUGCCCGAUUAUGUGUGGCAGGGCCAUUCCGAGGACUGGUGGGCCCACGUCCGGAGUCAUGUGGGAUCUCAUGAAGCUCCUGCCAGUGACAGCGGAGACGCCUCGUGGGGAGGGAGUCAGCAGCGGGUGGGAUGGAUCAUGAUGCGAGUUCGCUGGGACCGCGAAGGAGGUGGAGGGCAAUGGGAAAACGGCCCACAAGGGCAGUCUCGCUGA